AAUCCAGGGUGUCGCCUAGGGGCUCCAUUCGAAGGCGACGGCGGUCGUCUGUGUUUGAGUGUGAAAUACAUAGACAACGAGACACGCAUAUGCAGCGGAGUAAACUAAACAAAGUUCGAACUUAAAAAAAAUAAAAAUUGAUAGAUUGCCGGAGUAGAAGCGUUGGCAUGUGGGGGGGGGGAAACGAGACCAAAUUACCGAGUAGUUUUUAGAAAUUGUAGUAAGUCUGGUUGAGAGGGAGCCAUUUUGUCCCGACUGAGGGAAAGAAAGCGUGAAAAAAAAAAGAAAUAGGAUUGGAAAUAAACCAGUAACAUAUUAAAACCAGCUUAAAUCUAGACUAACACCUCGCGACCCCCCUUAUUUUGCAAUACUAAAUCGAGGAUUUGAGAAGGAAGGUUAUAUACGAAGCUGUUAAUAUAAAAAGGUUUAUUUUUUUCUUCUGUCGGAUCCCUAGGUUGUUUCGUUUUCUUUCUUUUUUGAACGAGUCAUUUAAAAAAAAAAUACACUAUUAAAUGGCGAAGAAGACGUACGACUUGCUGUUUAAGCUACUCCUAAUCGGAGACUCAGGGGUAGGGAAAACCUGCGUCCUGUUCCGCUUCUCUGACGACGCCUUCAAUACAACCUUCAUUUCUACUAUAGGAAUUGACUUUAAGAUCAAAACAGUUGAACUACAGGGAAAGAAGAUCAAGUUACAGAUAUGGGACACAGCAGGGCAGGAGCGGUUUCACACCAUCACAACCUCCUACUACAGAGGUGCCAUGGGAAUCAUGUUGGUGUACGACAUCACCAAUGCCAAAAGCUUUGAAAACAUAAGCAAGUGGCUGCGGAACAUUGAUGAGCAUGCAAAUGAAGAUGUUGAGAGGAUGCUGCUAGGCAACAAGUGUGACAUGGAGGACAAACGCGUGGUACCGAAGGCAAAGGGAGAACAGAUUGCAAGAGAACAUGGCAUUAGGUUUUUUGAGACGAGUGCAAAAGCAAAUAUCAACAUUGAGAAAGCAUUCCUCACAUUAGCAGAAGACAUACUUCGAAAGACCCCUGUAAAAGAGCCCAACAGUGAAAAUGUAGAUAUCGGCAGUGGAGGUGGAGUAACGGGGUGGAGGAGCAAGUGCUGCAACUGAACAAGUUCUUCUCUCUUCCUCAUCUCAAUCUCCUCUUUGUCUCUGUCUGUUUCUGUACUCUGGAAAUAAACCACUUUACCCACCUUAAUCUUAGCACCCUAUACCUCCUCGCCCCAUCUUAACUUUAUCCCUCCUUUUGUUCUUCCAUUCACGACAGCUUGCUGACAAUUUAAUUAUUUCAAAACAAAUGUGUAGAUAAUGAAAUCAUGUCAUUUCCUUCUUUUUAUGUACCUUCUCAGAG